AUUUGCUCUAGAUUUUGCUUGUCAGAGUUUCCAAACAUCCUAAGAAGUUAUUUGCCACUAUGAUUGCUGGAGGCUUAACCGAGACCAAGCCCGCGACUCCAGAAAUCCAAGAGAUUGCUGACCAGGUGAAGCCACAGCUGGAAGGGAAAGAGAACAAGACGUAUCCAGUCUAUGUAGCCCUAAAAUAUAAAACUCAGGUGGUUGCUGGAAUAAACUACUUCAUUAAGGUCUCCAUCAGCAAAAGCAACGAUGAGUGUGUACACUUGAGGGUGUUCCAAAGCCUUCCUCAUGAGAACAAGGGGCCCAGUCUUAACAGCUAUGAGACUGGCAAAACCAAAAAUGAUCCAUUGGAGCCAUUUUGAAUGAGAUGCUUGGGAUGGGCUCUUCUGUUGCUCUUUCUGCAGACUCCCAGCUGAUACCACCUGUGCCAAUACAUGAAUGAAAAUAAAAUUAAUCUGAUUUUGAAAACU